AAACAUUUAUUAGACGCCUGGUAGAUGCCAGGAGCAGUGCCCACGGGGUAUGCCAGCUCGACCCGGGUCUUCCCCGGUACGAGGGGAAACUUGCCGCCUACGACCCGCUGGGGCCUCCAAGCAUGUGGGUGGGCCCUGAGCCCCCCCUCGGCCCUCCCCCCCGGCCUGCGCUGGUGCAUUGACGGAACUCAGAGAAAGGAGACCACCCCGAGAGUUCAGCGUGGAGAGGGGGACGCUCCUCCUUGCCGGCUUUAGGUCCCUUUUCCUCGCUGAGUAAAUUGCACCCUGUCGCUUUAAGGAGUCUCCAGCCACUGGGCGGUGGAAAGCCCGGAUGCGGCCUUCUGAUUGGGCGGGGCGUCUCCGUAACGUCAUUCGGAGUAUAAACGGGCCCGGGUGGCGGGCGCCGGGGCAGAGCGUCCUAGCAGUGUUACUGCGUGGGUCGGCGCGUGGAUAGAGACGUGAGCGAACCCGUUGUCCGGAGUGCACCUGCCGCCCGUCUUGUCCAUCCCGGGAGUCCCUGUCGCCUUCACCGUCGAGCCGCUAUGGAGGUGCAGAAGGAGGCACAACGCAUCAUGACCCUGUCUGUUUGGAAGAUGUACCACUCGCGCAUGCAGCGCGGUGGCCUGCGGCUGCACCGGAGUCUGCAGCUGUCGCUGGUCAUGCGCAGCGCCCGGGAGCUCUACCUCUCUGCCAAGGUGGAGGCCCACGAGCCCGAGGUGUCCUUGCAGCCCGCCCGCUCCCCUGACCCUCGCCUGCACCGGCCGCGGGAAGCCGAAGCCGAGGCAGCGCGCCUCGACGGUGAGCAGCCCUCCCCGGAGCCCAUGGACACGCAGGAGGCGCCCAGAGCCGAGGAGGCCCCUCCCCGGGGAGGCCCGCGCCCCGCCAAAGUCAGCCGCAAGCGGCGGAGCAGCAGCCUGAGCGACGGAGGGGACGUCGGACUGGUCCCAAGCAAGAAAGCCCGUCUGGAGGAAGAAGAGGAGGAGGCGGCGGCGUCUCCGGAGGUCCCUGAUCGCCUGCAGCCUUCUCCGGCGCAGGCGGAGGGCGCCUUCCCCAACCUGGCCCGCGUCCUACAGAGGCGCUUCUCCGGCCUCCUGAACUGCAGCCCCGCGGCCCCCCCGACGGCGCCGCCCGCGUGCGAGGCAAAGCCGGCCUGCCGCCCGGCGGACAAUAUGCUGAACGUGCUCGUGCGGGCCGUGGUGGCCUUCUGAAGACCCCGAGCGGCGCUACCGGAGCCCAGAGCGCGGGUCCAACCUUUGACCCAAGUGCUCAGACCCGAGGCGAGGCCCACCCCCGGGGGAGCGCCCGCGGAAACCGUGGAGAGAAGCCGCCGCCCGGGCUGCUGAAGAGGCCCGGAGAGGGACUCUGCCCCCGGGGAGCCGUCGCCUUCUGUGUGCAGCGACGGCACCGAGGAACCUGAGCCAGGGGCGCGGGCGCCUUCCGCCGAGACCUGCCGCGCCCACAGGUGCUGUCUUAACGGACUGGGACGUGGACCUUUCCUUCUCCUUCCGGACUGGGAGAAGGGAGGCUUGGUUCUUUAAUUUCCUCAGGGUCGGACUUUGUUUUUUACUGGGGGCUGUGCUGCCCCUUCAAGGGUUUUCAAUAGUCGGUGUUUGCGUUUCCA